AUGAAUAAACCAACUAGAAAAUCUUCAAGAAUAAAGAGUUCUAAUAAUGUUAUACCAAAAGAAAGUCCUGUUGACUCAUGUUCAAACUCGAAAGGCGCUUCAAAAGAGCCAGAAACUAAUAUUGUUAUUAGUAAUAAGCGAAGGAAAACUAAAGAACCUUCUGAAGGGCCAUUAUUAAUUACUUCUAAUAUAGCAGAUACUAAUAAAAAUAGUAAUAAACGUGAAACAGCUCCACCAGAAGAAGGUAGUAGAAGGUCUACUAGAAGACGUGAUGCAGAUACUUCUGGAAAUAGGCAUAAAAUAUUUGUUGAUAAUUUUUUAAAUGGAACUGCAAUUAAACGUUUUGAUUAUGAGACGUUAGUAGAAAUGUUUGAUAAACGACUAAAGUCUGGUAGAAAUACUUCAACUAGAUCAAAACAAAUUUUAACUGUUGAAACCGCUGAUAAAACUUUUAGAAUGUGUAGAAGAGAUUUUUAUAGAGUUGGUAUUGAUGAAGCUAUUGUUAAUUCGAAAAAUGAAGAAAGUGUUGGUAAACAUGAAAAAAUUAAUGGUGAUAUAUCAUUAACUAAUGAAAAUGGUGGGAAAUUUACUGGGGAAGAUAUUGAAAAAGAUACUGAAGAAGAAAAUUUCCAUGAAGAUGAAAAAGAAUCAGUGGAUACAUUAACCACCGUUAGUAGAAAUGAAGUUGUAAAAACAGACGGUGAUAUUACUGAAAAACCAAUGUCGGUUGAAGAAAAUAGUCCAUCUACAUCAAUUGAUAUGACAUCUGAUACUUUAGAAAUUAGUGGUAUUAACAAUAAUACAUUUACAACAUCUGUUGUUAAUCAUGAAAAUACUCUUCCAAUACAAACUGUAGCAACAACAUCUUCUCUAGAACCUUCUUCUGAUAUUUCAAAUGUACAAGAAAAUAGUAGCAUUAAGAAUGAGGCAGAUACUGAUGCUAAUAGUCAAGUAUUGGAGUCGCAAAAUGAAAUAGAAGAUGUUUUAGAAAGUGAAUCAAAAACUUUUUCUGUCCAGAUUGAUGAUAUUAAUAAUUCUGAAAUUAUGGAUGUAGAUGUGUCUUCUGCAAGUAAUUUACCUCAAAAAAAUGAAAAUAGCAGCCAACAUGAUAAAGAAAGUACUAACGAAGUUGUUGUAAAAGAAGAAAUAAAGACAACUGUAGAUGAAAGAGAAUUAACUCCAAUGGAAACUAAUGAGAUUGUUGAUAAAAUGACAUCUAAUAUGAUUACUCCUACAAAAUCUUUACCCACUUCUAAGGUUUCAACACCUUCAAAAUUAAUAUCACCUAGUAAAAUGGCAUCAAAUACACCUACAAAAACGCUGUCAACUCCAAAUUCAACACCUUCAAUUGUAUUAGCAUCUCCAGCGAAAAUACAACCAAUAUUGUCUCCAAAGACUACUUCUACAUCUGGAAUUAUAUCAAAUCAAGAAACAAUUGAAUCACCUAAAGCAGUUGAGAUACUUUCACAAAAAGAGGAACAUAUCAAUGGAGAAGCUAAAAGUACCGUUGGACCAACGGAGGCUCUAAAAAUAGUUAUCACUGAUAAUACGGGUAGUGGUACUUCAACUGCACCAAAUUCGUCAAUACCUUCAGACACACCAAUACCAGUUACUAGCAAUAGUAGUAAUAUUGAAGUAAUGAAAAGUGAAAGUUCAAUUUAUAAACGUGUAAAACAGUUGAAAGAACAAGGAUUAUGGUCUCAGGCACGUCUUCCACAGGUAGAAGAACCUAAGCCUCAAGUAAUUCAUUGGGAUUUAUUGUUAGAAGAAAUGGCUUGGAUGUGGAAUGAUUUUAUAAGAGAAAGAAAAAUGAAAAGGCAAAAUAGAAAAAUAAUUGGUAGAGCUAUUAAAAAGUUACAUUCUAAAUUGGAAGGUAAGGAAGAAGAGGAAGAAAGAGCACAACGAAUAAGAGCGGAAAAAAUGGCUAAUAGGGUAGCUAAAGAAAUUAAAAAAUUUUGGGAAGGUGCCGCUAAAUUAGUUGAUAUGAAGGAACAACUUAUAUUAAACAAGAAGCGUCAAGAGAUAAGGCGGAAGAACAUGGAUAAAAUUGUUGAUCAAGCUAAUAUUUUUAGUAAUCAAGUUGGACAAACUUUACAAGGAGGAUCAGUUGAACCGGAUGAAUAUUUACUUGAUGGAGAUGAUAAUUUUAAUAAUCCAUUUAAUAGUGACAUAAAAGAAAUAGAAGAAUUAGAUGAAUUAGAUGCACUUGUUAAAGGUCAAAAUGCUCCAUUAUCUGAUAUACUUGAAGGAUUACCUCCAGAAUAUCUUGCUGAGGUUCAAGGAAUGCCAUCAAAUUUAAAUUAUAAUUUUGAUGAUAAUGAUUUUGAGGAAAUAGUUGCACCAAAAAGAAGAAAAAUAGAAGAAUUACCUGAAGAUGAGUUAACAUUGUCAUCAUCAGGUGGUCAGUUAGAUGAAGACAGUUCAAACAUUUUGAUAACACCUGAAUUAUCAAAGUCAAAAAUUACUAAUUUUGAGAAAAUGCGCGAAGAAUGUCAGACACUUCAACCUCAAGGAUUUACUUUAGAAAGUGCUCACAUCAAUGUUGAACAACCUUCAAUGAUUCGUGGUGUAUUACGUGAAUAUCAAUUGUUAGGUUUAAACUGGCUAUACACUCUUUUCAAAAGACACGUUAAUGGUAUUCUUGCUGAUGAAAUGGGCCUUGGUAAAACUUUGCAAACAAUUUCUCUUUUAGCUUAUCUUGUAGAAAAAGAACGCAUAUGGAGACCGCAUUUAAUUAUUGUGCCAACGUCUGUUAUUCUCAAUUGGGAUAUGGAGUUUAAGAAAUGGUGUCCAAAUUUCAAAACGCUUGUUUAUCAUGGUACUGCUAAGGAACGAAGUGAUUUAAGAAAAGGUUGGACUAAAGAUGAUUCAUUUGAUGUUGUUAUAACUUCAUAUAAAAUUAUUAUAAAUGAUAUAAAUGUGUUUAGAAAACGUAAAUGGCAAUAUUUAAUUCUUGAUGAAGCACAUACAAUUAAAAAUUUUAAAACACAGGCUUGGCAAAAACUUGUUAAUCUUAAGUCUAUGAAUCGUCUUUUAUUAACAGGAACACCACUUCAAAAUGAUUUGAUGGAGCUUCAUUCCUUGUUAAAGUUUUUAAUGCCAACAAUUUUUACUUCCCAAUCAGAUUUUAAAGAAGUAUUCAAUGACCCUUUAGUAGAUUUUGCUGGUGGUAAUGGUGAUUCAAAUCCUGAACUUGUUGGUAAACUUCAUGAUAUUUUGAGACCAUUUUUGUUAAGACGAUUAAAGAAAGAUGUUGAAAAACAGUUACCUAAGAAACGAGAAAUUGUUGUUAGAUGUAGUUUAGCCAAUAGACAACGUUCUUUGUAUGAUGAUUUUAUAUGUCGUCGCGAAACUCAAGCUCUUCUUGCAUCUGGUAGUAUAUUCCAUGUUCUUAAUGUAACAAUGCAACUUCGUAAAGUUUGUAAUCAUCCUAAUCUCCAUGAAACUAGAUCUGUUGAAUCCCCGGUUGUUUUGUUUGCCAUAAAAGUUUCUUAUCCAGCAAUUGUUCUUGAUAUUGCCCAACCUUAUAUUGAUGAAAAACUCAGAAAUUUACCCACAAGUAUGAUAUUUAAUGGCAGCAAAUCUUAUUCUAUUCGAGCAUUAAGUUGUUUAAGGAAAAUUAAAAGCACAAGACAAGAGUACAAUUCAAGUUUAAAUUCUCAAACACCUGUUUUACCAAAAAUUAAAGGUUUCAAAUUAAACUUUCACAAUUUUAUUUCUACAAAAGUAUAUAAUCGAGAGGAUCUGAAAGAUGGUCAAAGAAUCUUUGAUGUUGAUAUAAAAAAUCUAGCAAUGUUAGAUUUAAAAAUUAAUGAUGAAUUUAUCUUAUCAUUUGAUGAUGAUGAAAUUGAUAGGAUUCCUUUAGUAGUAAAAGACAAAAGACCACUGUUAUGCAAAUUUGGUGUUGAUCAAAUAACAAACAAACCUGGUAUAUAUGUUGUUAAUUGUAGUCAUGUUAUAUUUUCAACAAAACUUCAAGAACUUCAAUUUUCAAGAAAUACUAAAAAUGAUUUUAUUUUAAUUAAAAAAGGUGAGGCUGAAGCUAGAAAAUUAAGAUUUAACAAUAUUGAACAUAAGAAUUUUUCUUCUGUUAUACAAUUACCUAAAAAUUAUCCUACUAAGGCUUUACUUAAUUUCCGAGCAGUUUCUACACAUUAUGGUAAUAAGAAAAAUCAUCAAAGUGGAAACAAUCAAAAUAUUAUUAAGAAAGAUUCUAUACAAUCUAAUAUCUCUGUUGAUAUGGUUGAUGCGGAUGAAACUACUGAACAAGAAUUUAAAACACCAGAAUACUUUUCAUAUAUUAAAAAUUUAAAUCCAGAAGACUUUGUAGAUAGACGUGCACGUGAGCAACAAUUGCUAGAAAAAGAAAAUUGUGCUGAUAUGAUUAGCACAUUAUCUGUAGAUCGUAUAAAUAAUAUGCAUGAUCCAUUAAUUUAUGAAGAAACAAUAUAUUUAUUAGAAAAAGAAUUCAAAAAAGAUUUAGAACUUCCAAAUCAUUGUAUUCUUUUUAAUUGGUUAGAUUAUGAUAAAUCAGUAGAAACAUAUAACAAAAGAUUUCUUGAAAAUCUUCUUGAUAGUUGCAUAGAUAAAUUUGAUAUUUACACUCAUCCAGCAAUUACCAAAGGCAUUCAAGUUGUUCCAGUUGGUAGAGGAAGAAAUUUUGAUAUUAUUAAUGAAAUGGAAAAUAUGGAAAAAAUGUCAAAGAAAAUAUAUGACAAUUUAGAUACUUAUUAUCAUAAACUUGAAACAUCCGCAAUGUUUUCUUUCCCAGAAUUAAGACUCAUUGAAUAUGAUUGUGGCAAGCUUCAAAGGUUAACAAUAAUGUUAAGAGAACUUUUUAAUCAAGGUCAUCGUGUUCUUAUAUUUACACAAAUGUCAAGUAUGUUAGAUAUAUUACAAGAAUUUUUAAGUUAUCAUGGAUAUAAAUAUUUCCGUCUUGAUGGUUCAACAUCAUUAGAUCAAAGACAAGCAAUGAUGGAACAAUUUAAUAAUGAUGAUAAAAUAUUUUGUUUUAUACUUUCAACAAGAUCUGGUGGUAUUGGUAUUAAUUUAACUGGUGCUGAUACAGUUAUAUUUUAUGAUAGUGAUUGGAAUCCAACUAUGGAUGCACAAGCUCAAGAUCGUUGUCAUAGAAUUGGUCAAACAAAAGAUGUUACUAUAUAUCGUUUAAUUAGUGAAUAUACAAUUGAAGAAUCAAUUCUUGAAAGAGCUGUUAUGAAAAGAAGACUUGGAGAAAUGGCAAUUGAUAAUGCUAAAUUUACUCCAGAUUAUUUUAGAAAUAUGACAAUAAAAGAUUUAUUUAAAGAUAACAUUCAAUCAUUAGAUCAAAAUAUUAUUGAAUCAAAAGUUGAAGUUGCAUCAGAUAAUGAAAUAAGAAAAGCACUUGCUUUGACUGAAGAUAAAGUAGAUGCUAAUGCUGCAGAGUUAGCUGAAAAAGAAGCUGCCACAGAGUAUGAUGAAGUUCUUCCAAGUGCACAAAGUUAUGAUGAUCAGGAAAUUGAUGAAGAAUUAAAACCAUUAGUCGAUAGUCUUACUAAUGUUGAAAAAUAUGCUGUACGAUAUUUACAACAAUUAAAUGACCCUGAAUUACAAAAACGUCUUGAAGAAAUAGAAAUGAAUGAUCAAUUAAUUGAUAUUGAAAAUUUGAAUGAACGCAAGGAAUCUACUGAUGGAUUUGAUGAGGUAUCGUCUAAAAAAAAUAGAAAACGUAUUAAUCCAAAUAAUGUUCUUCCUUCACGUGCUUCCGAGCGUAUAUCUCGUGUUGCAUUAAAUAAGAUCAUUGAAGCUGAAGACAGAGAAGCUUUUGCUAAGGUUAAACGCAUAUGUAAAAUUAAAGAUAAGUCUAGUAAAAAAAGUAGUAGUAGUAACAUUAGUCAUUCUAAAUGUCGGAGCAAAAAAAGUGAUAACAUUAGUAAACGUAGUAAUAAAAAAGAUGGAAGAAAUUCCAUUAAAAAGAAAAGAAUUGGUAAAAAUAAUACUUCUAGGAUUGAUAUUGCUGUUAAAGAUGAAUGUAGUAAUGACGACAAGUCUCCUAAAACAACUAAUAAUUCUAAUAUUAUUUUAUCUUCAUCUAAAACUUUUGUUUCACCACCUUCACUUCCACCUAAAUUAUCAUCAUCACGAUUAAUAGCACAACCUUCUAGUAAUAAUAUUUCAACACCACCUAAACCUGUUAUAAAAUCAUCUACAUUAGUUAAUAAUUUUGCAUCUCAAAAUUUACCAAUAAAAUCUAAUUCUCCUAGAGUAGAUUAUGUUCAAAAUGGUAAUAGGAUGUUUUGUGCUAAAUUGUCAAAAAAUGUAUCUACUGUUAUUAAGCCACCUAGAAAAUGUUAUAAUACAUUACCUAUAAGUAAACCACCUGUUAGACAACCAAUAUUUAGAAAUACUCCUAUUUCACUUAAUUCUAAUAAUUCUCAAUCAACACAUACAAAUACAAAACCUACUGAAGUUAAAAGGGUUGUUUAUAUAUGUGUAAAAAAUAGUCCACAAAAUACUUCUAAUCAAGUAUUACCAAAAGUUUGUUCUUACAUAUCUUCUUCACAAAAACCUAAUGUUCCAUCAUUACCACCAUCUAGAAAUUCUAUAUCUAAUUUUACUAUAUCUAGACCUGAACCAAGACCAUUUUCUUCAUUGAGAAUUACUAAUAAUACCUCUGUUACCCAGAGAAUUCCUAUCUCUAGUAACACUAGAGUUUUUACAAUUCAAAAAAAUAAUGAAGAUAAAACUGUUAAAAAUACAAUUUCAUAA